UGAUUUCCAUCGCUGAGUUUUUCGAAAAUUAAGCCAGAAUUUUUCAGCUCUUAAAAUUAAAAUUUUCGCUCGCCUACCCAAAAAUGCAAUUCGCAUCGCGUUCCACUUCGGCGGCUUCCAUCGGGGACGACUUCCGGUGCCGGCUGUGCCUCAGGUUGGCCGGUGCGGAUCUGCGUCCGCUGUUUCCUCCCGGCGAGGACCAGAUCGAGCUGCUGAGCCGCAUCUUUGACUGCUUGUCCAUUCACGUCUCCUUCCUUCACGACUUCAACGCGAUGUUGUGUUCCUGCUGCCGGGAGAAAAUCGAGGGAUUCUAUCUGUUCAGGAAGCAGUGCCAAUCUAACGAUGAGUACAUCCGCCGAAAGCGGGCCAACCUGAUCGUUGGAUCGGAAUUUGAAAGAAAAGACAUGCUGCUGGCGAGUGUGAAGGAACCGGAAAUGGACGUCCUACUGAAGGAUGUCAAGGACCUGUUUGAGCCGCUGAUGGAGAAGCUGGAGCCGGAAGACGUCAAAAUGCCGGAGCUGGCUCCAUCUUUGGCGGAACAGGAAGUCAUUGAGAUUCCGAGCUCCAGCGGCCAAUCCAAUGAAUCAUUUUGCGGAUUUACGCUGGACAACUGCGCCAGACGUUCUCCUCGGAUUUUCAUACAACAGUCCAUCACGGAAGCGACUGAACGGCAACCGGAAACGACGCCGCCACCAGAGAUUCGUGAGUGUCGAAUUUCGCUCAACAAACUAGACCUUAAACAUGAACUUCCCAUGUUCGUAGAUGCCGUCGGUGCGUCGCAGCUGGAGCUGCCAAAACUGACCAAGAUCAAAACUAAAAUGGGUCGGCCCCGCAAAACGGCACCGCUGCCAGCCCCGAUGGGCAGGAAGGCGUUUCUUUACUACCAGGGCUACCAGUUCGUUCGGCCAAGGAAAUGUCCGACGGGGGGCUUCCAGUGGUCCUGUAGCAAAACCACCUGCCCGGUAAAACUGAACGACGACCAACGCGAACUCAGUGCCGGUCCGCACCAGCACGAGCCCCACGUGAUCCGCCAGGGAACCAUGUCGAACGUGAAGCGCCACCGCCGGGUUCCGUUUCUGUUGGUCAAGUUUAGCCACAGGGAAACUCUGGUUUACGACAACUCGUACCGGUUCCAGUUCUCGCGUGAACUUUCCAGUGGAAAUCAGAUGUGGGUGUGUGAGGCGGCCGACUCGGACGGAUGUCCGGCGCACAUGAAAAUCAUGGGCGAUUUCAGCUCGGUUUUGUGCUACUUUAAGCAUAACCAUCCGAACGUGAAGAUGAUUCUCGAGGAGCUUCCGACGGAGCCACAGGAAGAUGCUUAGGUAGGGUGGUGUGGUUAACUCGACGACUAUUUUAUAUCAUAUGAGUUCGAUUACAGUUGUGAGAAAUUUAAAUUUUAAUUCAUUCCUAUCGUUGUUAUCAUGAUAAAUUUGUUACAUCUUAUAAAAUAAUUUUAUAUAAAAUAAAAAUCUAUAAACAAUAAAAUAG